UCAGAGCAAAGAUGCAGUUCGCAAAGGAGAAGAUGAACGACAUGGCUAGCAAGUCGAAGGAGAAAAAAGAAAUCCGACACGCCAUAGCAGAAGAAAAAGCAGAAAAGAAAGGCGCGAAAACACGCGAAGAGAAAGAGAUCGCUCACGAGCUGUCGAAAGCGCGUCAGGCCGAAGCCAAGAUGGAAUACCAUCUCGAAAAAGCGGAGCACCGCGCCGAAACGCUCGCGCACCGCGCCGCCGGGAAAAAUCACCUUUCGGCGCAAUCUGUAUUGAAUAGCGGCGGCGGUGGGGGAGCGUUUUAUAACGCGCAGGGGCAGCCGGUCGGCGGUAUGCCGGCGAGGCCGACGGG